UAGUGUUUUCCCAGGGGCGGACUGACCAUUUGGAAACACAGGCACCGCCGAGGGCCCGGGGUCAGUAGGGGGCCCCAUGAGAUGUCCCUGGUGCCUUUUUCAUAGGCUUUUUUGAGUUUGGGCAAGGACACAGGGGCUCCAUGAUCCCCUAUUGCUGGGGGCCCCAUGAGUUGUCAGUCCGCCCCUGGUGUUUCCAUGCCAUAACGAGGAACUGGAGCUGUUCUCUCCUGAUAUGUUUUAUC